UGUCACAAACAAGAUUUUUUGUUUGUUUCUCACUAAACAAAAUCACAAACUUCUCUAUGCAUUCUGGCUCCAAUCAAGAACAUUAAUUUGGGUUUCAGAGAUUAACCUGAUGAGGAAGAAUCCAUUGAAAAGCUCCAAGAGUAAUGUGAAUGAGUCAAGCAAAUAUGAUAAUAAUUCAGAGUCCUUGACAUCCAUUGCCAGAAGUAUUUCCAUGAAAACAGGGAUGAGCAAGCAAAAGCAGCUAGCAGAAGACAUUAUGAGGUAUGGGGACAUAAAAAUUGCAGCAGAAGUGUACACAUUUCGCGAGCUAGCCAGCGCGACAGACAACUUCAAUCCGGAGCUGUUAGUGGGGGAAGGAGGAUUUGGGAGGGUAUAUAAAGGGCAUAUCAAAAGAACAAAUCAAAUUGUUGCAGUAAAGCAGCUGGACAGGAAUGGUGUUCAGGGGAACAGGGAAUUCCUGGCUGAGGUAUUCACUCUCAGCCUUGUUAACCACCGGAAUCUCGUGAACCUGAUGGGAUAUUGUGCCGAUGGGAAUCAAAGAAUUCUAGUAUACGAGUUUAUGCGCAAUGGGUCGUUGCAAGAUCACCUUUUUGAUUUGCCUCCAAGCAAGAGGCCUCUGGAUUGGUAUACCAGAAUGCAGGUGGCCAAGGGUGCAGCUCAGGGGCUAGAAUAUCUGCAUGACACAGCCGAUCCUCCAAUAAUUUAUCGCGAUUUCAAAACAUCAAACAUAUUGGUGGACGAGGUUUUCAACCCGAAGCUCUCUGAUUUUGGCCUCGCGAAGCUAGGCCCAACCGGGGAGCAAGAUCACGUGUCUACGAGGAUAAUGGGAACGUAUGGGUAUUGCGCCCCCGAGUAUGCUAAGACGGGACAGCUCACAACCCGGUCUGAUGUUUACAGCUUCGGAGUUGUCUUUCUGGAGAUCAUUUCAGGGAGGAGAGUGAUUGAUAACACCAAACCAACUGAGCAACAGAACCUGGUUUCUUGGGCAAAACCAAUUUUUACUGACAGACAAAGGUUCACAACAUUGGCUGACCCUAAGCUUGAAGGAAACUACCCACCAAAGGGCAUGUACCAAGCUCUUGCUCUUGCAGCUAUGUGCAUCCAAGACGAAGCUAAUAUUCGGCCUCUAAUUGGCGACGUUGUCAGUGCCCUCGAGUACUUAGCCACCCCAAGCGAGGAUUUUAACGGCACAGCCGAUGUAGACGACUCCAAUUGCCUGUUCAUUCCCCAAGGUGCAAGCACUUCCUGAACCAAAUGAGCAAGCAGGUUUUUCUGCUAAAGUGCUGACAGAUGGUAGGAUGAACAAAGGGCUGAUUAAAUGAUCAGUUUAUUUUAAGCUCAGUGGAUGCAUUUCAAAGAUCACAAGUUUUUACAUUGUUUGAUGUGAGUUGAAAGCAAUACAAGUUUUUAAGCAUGUACUAUGUUUCAGAAACCUUAGCAUACAAGGACAUCAGAGUUUAAUUUGCAGAUUUUCCAACCCA